AUGUCUCCUCCGGCUCCAGAGCAGAAGCCUCAGCUUCAACAACAACAGCAGGGCUCAUCAUCAGGAGAUUCAUCUUCUGGCAGCGCCAAUGACUCAAAGUCUGUGACGCCUGCCCCUAGCGCCACAUCUAAUACAUCCCAGAGCAGCACUGCUCCCUCAACAUCAAGCGACGAUAACCUUAUCUGCCGAUGGAAUGCUUGCAACCAAAAGUUCCCUGCUCCCGAGGCUCUCUACGAGCAUAUUUGUGAGCGCCAUGUUGGUCGCAAGAGCACAAACAACCUCAACUUGACUUGCCAGUGGAACUCUUGCCGAACUACCACGGUCAAGCGAGACCACAUCACCUCGCACAUCCGUGUCCAUGUUCCUCUCAAGCCUCACAAAUGUGAGUUCUGCGGCAAGUCUUUCAAGCGUCCUCAGGACUUGAAGAAGCAUGUCAAGACCCAUGCCGAUGACUCUGUACUUGUUCGCCCAUCCCAGGAUCCUCAAGGUGGACUCAACUACAGGCCACAGCCUCCAAAGGGCCCCUCUAGCUAUUAUGAUCACACUGGUCAGAUGCGAACUAACGCAGCUGCCUUUGCUCAUCAGGCAGGCCAUCCUAGUGGCGGUUACUAUGCUCCCCAGCCCUCUACCAACUAUGGUCUCUACUUCAACCAGCCUCCCAUCAACAAUGCCCGUACCGAGCACCUUGGAUACAGCGCUGCUGCCGGCGGUUAUGACCGAAAGCGCACCUACGACAUGGUUGACGAUUUCUUCGGAAGCGCCAAGCGUCGACAGAUCGAUCCUUCGUCUUAUGCCCAGAUUGGCCGUUCCUUGAUGCCCCUCCAUGGCAACCUCUCCGUUCCCAACGGUCCUAUGACUGCUACCGAGCAGUACAUGCCUCAGCCUGCUCCCGCUCCGGUCCACGCUGGUCCUACUCCCAGCCAAAACCCCUUGGCUCAGCAAUACUACCUCCCCAUGCCCAGCGCACGAACCCAGAAGGAUCUCAUUCACAUCGACACCAUUCUUGGCCAGAUGCAAGACACUAUCUACGAGAAUGCCAACCACGCUACUGCUGGUGUCCACAUUCACCACGCUGAAAACGGCUUCAACGGUUACCGCAACACUCCUUCACCUCCUACCUCUCACAGGUCUCCUACCGGCAUGCAUGUCGGAGCUGACGGCUACCAGCCUGUGUCUGCCGCUAGCAUGGCCUCGCCUCUGACGGCCAUAUCAUCUACCGGCACUCCUGCCGUUACACCGCCCUCCAGCUCCAUGUCAUACACAUCUGGUCACUCACCAAGCCCAUCAUCCUCUGCCAUGUCUCCCCAGUCCCGCCACGGCUCGACUGCCUCAGUCAUGUACCCCACUCUCCCCACAAGCCUCCCUGCUGUUAGCCAGGGCUUCGGCCACUCUGCCACAACCACUCUUGGUCCUAGCUUUGACGGCAGCGAGCGUCGCCGCUACUCCGGCGGUAUGCUCCAGCGAGCUCGUGCUGGUCCUCUGCCUCUGCCUCAUGAGGACACCAGUGGUGCUUCUACUCCCAAGGCUAGCGAGUCUGCUCUGUCUGUGGGCUCUCCCUCUUCGGAGUCCGAUGUCAGUGAUGCUACCCGUGAGCGUGAGGAGCAGUAUGACCGCUGGCUCGAGAACAUGCGAGUGAUUGAGACUCUUCGCGAGUAUGUCCGGGGACGUUUGGAGCGUAAGGAGUUCGUGGAAGACAAUGAGUCCCCACGAUCUAGCCACUCCGACGCUAUGGAUGUUGACCCAAAGAGCCCUCAAGCUCCUCCCAGAGAACUGGGUACUCCUCGUGAGGGAUCCUCUCUGUACCCUAUCCUUCGCAUGCCUGGCGCUUAG